AUGCAAGCAGAACAGUACGCCAUCUACAAAGCAUUGGUCUACAUCAACAAUUCCAAUCAGCUCCGCGGGAAGCAGGUCUGCAUCUGCUCUGACAGCCAGGCCGCUCUCUGGAGCAUAAGCAAGAAAACCCAGCGUAACCAUCUCCACCAACUCAUCACAGACGAACUGAAGAAACGCAAAAGCAACCUCGUCUACUUUUCGUGGACCCGCGCCCAUCAAGGUGUAAUAGGAAAUGAGGAAGCAGAUGUGCUGGCUAAGGAGACAGCUACUUCUCCUGUUACACCAAGCUUUGAUGACAUCCCAACCGUGGCUGUCAAGAAUAUCAUCAGAAAAACGCUCAUCCACAUGUGGCAGAGGGAAUGA